AUGGCAACGUUGCGGCGGACGUGCAAUCCCGAUGUGCGCACUCGCUACAAUGCUUUGUCUGUGGCGCUUCGCGACCUGCCGGAUCUCCCGGCAUUGCAAAUAUGUUAUCUCGCCAUUGCUGCGGUCGCACCUGAAGCAGGCGAUCUUUUGCUGAAGCGCGUGACAGACCCGGAAGAAUUGCAGAGAGUGGCGCAGAGCACACCUGCCGAGCGAGGUUGGGUCUUCACGCAAUUGGCCCUCUUGCGCAUGUCCUUUCGUCCUAAUGACGAUGAUCCUGCACCGCCUGCAGCAUUGAAGGGACAUCAAGGGCUUCUGCUGGAGGCGUUUGCAGCCGUGACACGACUCUUGGAGGCCCUGGAAGUCACGGUGCCGCUGCCGUGGACGCGCAAUCCGGAUGUGGGCACUCUCUGCGACGCUUUGUCUCUGGCGCUUCGCGACCUGCCGGAUCUCCCGGCAUUGCAAAUAUGUAAUCUCGCCAUUGCUGCGGUCGCACCUGAAGCAGGCGAUCUUCUGCUGAAGCGCGUGACAGACCCAGAAGAAUUGCGGAGAGUGGUGGAGAGCACACCUGCCGAUCGAGGUUGGGUCUUCACGCAAUUGACCCUCUUGCGCAUGUCCUUUCGUCCUAAUGAUGCUGAUCCUGCACCGCCUGCAGCAUUGAAGGGACAUCAAGGGCUUCUGCUGGAGGCGUUUGCAGCUGUGACACGGCUCUUGGAGGCCCUCGAUGUCACGGUGCCGCAGCGCGAGAUUAUCGAAUUGCCUGACCCAUCAGAUGAGGAACAACAGUCCGCGAGCUGA